UGGUGGCAGCAGCCCGGGCAGCAGAGAGGGGACAGGCGGCGGGUGGCAGUGUCUCAGGGGCCUCAGCUCCCCCUCGGUGGCCUGUCGAUCCUGGGGGUGGCCGCCGGCCCGGCCCUCGGAGGCCCACGCCCGCCAUGGUCCCCUGCUGGAACCACGGCAACAUCACCCGCUCCAAAGCCGAGGAGCUGCUCUCCAGGACUGGCAAGGACGGGAGCUUCCUCGUGCGUGCCAGCGAGUCCAUCUCCCGGGCCUACGCGCUCUGCGUGCUGUAUCGGAACUGCGUUUAUACCUACCGGAUCCUGCCCAAUGAAGAGGACAAAUUCACUGUCCAGGCGUCCGAGGGUGUCCCUCUGAGGUUCUUCACCAAGCUGGACCAGCUCAUCGAGUUCUACAAGAAGGAGAACAUGGGCCUGGUGACCCACCUGCAGUACCCGGUGCCGCUGGAGGAGGAGGACCCGGGGGAUGAGCCGGAGGAGGAGACAGAAGGCGUCCCGUCUCCACCUGAGCUGCCGCCGAGAAACAUCCCUCUGUCCACCGGGCCAUGCGAGCCCAAGGAGGUCCCUCCCUCGAUCGAGAACCCAAGAGCCGUGGAGGUCAGCCGGCCCAGCCUCUCCGAGACGCUGUUCCAGCGGCUGCAGAGCAUGGACACCAGCGGGCUCCCGGAAGAGCAUCUUAAAGCCAUCCAGGACUACGUAGGCACUCAGCUCGCCCUGGACGCCGAGUUUGUGAAGACGGGCUCCAGCAGCCUCCCCCACCUGAAGAAACUGACAGUGUUCUUGUGCAAGGAGGUCUAUGGAGAAGUGAUCCGGACCCUCCCCUCCCUGGAGUCUCUGCAGAGGUUGUUUGACCAGCAGCUCUCACCGGGCCUCCGUCCGCGGCCUCAGGGGUCUGGUGACACCACUCCGAUCAACAUGGUGACCAAGCUCAGCCAACUGACAAGUCUGCUGUCCUCGAUUGAAGAUAAGGUCAAGGCCUUGCUGCACGAGGGCCCCGAGGCUCCCAACCGGCGGUCGGUCAUCCCUCCGGUCACCUUCGAGGUGAAGGCGGAGUCUCUGGCGAUCCCUCAGAAACUGCACCUCAAAGUCGACGUCGAGUCCGGGAAACUGAUCGUCAAGAAGUCCAAGGACGGCUCUGAGGACAAGUUCUACAACCACAAGAAAAUCCUGCAGCUCAUCAAGUCUCAGAAGUUUCUGAACAAGCUGGUGAUUUUGGUGGAAACAGAGAAGGAGAAGACCCUGCGGAAGGAAUAUGUUUUUGCCGACUCCAAAAAGAGAGAGGGCUUCUGCCAGCUCCUGCAGCAGAUGAAGAACAAGCACUCGGAGCAGCCGGAGCCCGACAUGAUCACCAUCUUCAUCGGCACCUGGAACAUGGGUAACGCCCCCCCUCCCAAGAAGAUCACGUCCUGGUUUCUCUCCAAGGGGCAGGGAAAGACGCGGGACGACUCUGCCGAUUACAUCCCCCACGACAUCUACGUGAUCGGCACCCAGGAGGACCCCCUGGGCGAGAAGGAGUGGCUGGAGAUACUCAGAAACUCCCUGCAAGAAAUCACCAGCAUAACUUUUAAAACGAUCGCCAUCCACACGCUCUGGAACAUUCGCAUUGUGGUGCUGGCCAAGCCGGAGCACGAGAACCGGAUCAGCCACAUCUGCACGGACAACGUGAAGACGGGCAUCGCCAACACGCUGGGGAACAAGGGAGCUGUGGGGGUGUCAUUCAUGUUCAAUGGGACCUCCUUGGGGUUCGUCAACAGCCACUUGACUUCCGGCAGUGAAAAGAAACUCAGGCGAAACCAGAACUACAUGAACAUUCUUCGGUUUCUGGCUCUGGGAGACAAGAAGCUGAGCCCCUUCAACAUCACUCACCGCUUCACCCACCUCUUCUGGCUCGGGGACCUCAACUACCGCGUGGACCUGCCCACCUCGGAGGCGGAGGCCAUCAUCCAGAAGAUCAGGCAGCAGCAGUACGCAGACCUCCUGGCGCACGACCAGCUGCUCCUGGAGAGGAAGGAGCAGAAGGUCUUUCUGCACUUCGAGGAGGAAGAAAUCACGUUCGCCCCCACCUACCGCUUCGAAAGACUGACUCGGGACAAGUACGCCUACACUAAGCAGAAGGCCACGGGGAUGAAGUACAACCUGCCCUCCUGGUGCGACCGCGUCCUCUGGAAGUCCUACCCGCUGGUGCACGUGGUGUGUCAGUCCUACGGCAGCACCAGCGACAUCAUGACAAGUGACCACAGCCCUGUGUUUGCCACAUUUGAGGCAGGAGUCACCUCCCAGUUUGUCUCCAAAAAUGGCCCCGGGACUGUCGACAGCCAAGGGCAGAUCGAGUUCCUCAGGUGCUUCGCCACCCUGAAGACCAAGUCCCAGACCAAAUUCUACCUGGAGUUCCACUCGAGCUGCUUGGAGAGUUUUGUCAAGAGCCAGGAAGGGGACAAUGAAGAAGGGAGCGAAGGGGAGCUGGUGGUGAGGUUUGGCGAGACCCUUCCAAAGCUGAAGCCCAUUAUUUCCGACCCCGAGUUCCUGCUGGACCAGCACAUCCUGAUCAGCAUUAAAUCCUCCGACAGCGAUGAAUCCUACGGCGAGGGCUGCAUUGCUCUGCGGUUAGAGGCCACGGAAACUGAGCUCCCCAUCUACACGCCCCUCACCCACCACGGAGAGAUGACGGGCCACUUCCGGGGGGAGAUCAAGCUGCAGACGUCCCAGGGCAAGAUGAGGGAGAAGCUGUACGACUUCGUGAAGACGGAGCGGGACGAGGCCAGCGGGCCCCGGUGUCUGAAGAGCUUCAGCAGCCACGACCCCAUGAAGCAGUGGGAGCCCACCAACAGGGUCCCUCUCUGCACGGGCUCCGGCAUCACCGAAAUCAUCAACCCCAACUACAUCGGCAUGGGGCCCUUGGGGCACAUGAAACAGGCCCUGUCCCCCGACCAGCAGCCCACCGCCUGGAGCUACGACCAGCCGCUCAAGGACCCCUCCCUGGGGCCUGGGCGGGGGGAGAGCCCUCCGACGCCACCCUCCCAGCCGCCCAUAUCGCCCAAGAAGUUUUCGUCCUCCACGGCCACCCGGGGCCCCUGCCCCAGGACACAGGAGUCCAGGCCUGGCGACCUAGAACCUUUGCCUCAGGAGGAGCCCAAGCUGGCCAAGCCCGAGAUGUUCGAGAACCCACUGUACGGGUCUGUGAGCUCUCUCCCCAAGCCGGCUCCCAGGAGAGAGCAGGAGUCUCCCAAGAUGCUGAAGAAGGAGCCCCCGCUGUGCCCAGACACAGGGUCCUUGUCGCCCAGCAUCCUGCUCUCCAAAGCCCAGGAGGCUGAGGGCAGCAAGGGGGCAGGCAAGCCGGUGCCCACGCCCCCACCCUUCCUCAGUCCCACGCCCCGGCUCCGCUCCUUCACCUGCUCGACCUCAGCUGAGGGCCGGCCGGCCGCUGGGGACAAGAGCCAGGGGAAGGCCAAGGCCCCCACCGGCGCCCCGGUCCCAGUGCCAGCCAAGAGGCCCGUCAAGCCUUCCAGGUCGGAGCAGAGCCAGCAGGUGCUGCCCACCCCAGCCCCACGGCCGCCCCUCCCGGUCAAGAGCCCGGCAGUCCUGCACCUGCAGUACUCCAAGGGCCGCGACUACCGCGAGAACACCGAGCUCCCCUACCAGGGCAAGCACCGGCCCCCCGAGGACUCGCCGCUCAGCAGGGCUACCACGCAGUGAAGCGCCCGGUGAGCCGCCAGCGAGACCGGAGCCCGAGCAGCCGCGCCCAGCCACUCCAACACUCUCCCGGGACUUCCUGUCGGCCCCUCCUCCCCAGCCUCCUGUGCAGGGCCGCACACUUUCCAGGAGAGGCCCGGCUCCUGCGUGACCAGCGGCCUGUGCCGGCUCCAGACUCGGCCCCUCGUGCGGAGGUUGGAAGGGAAAGCGCACCCGGUGGGCGACGAGCCCCCGGCGCACCUGGGCCCCCAGCUCGAUCUCGGUACUUGGGACCCAAGAGCCUCGUUCCGGUCACUGCUUUUGAAGAAAGGAACUGAAAUGCUGAUUUCCGGGUGGAGAUAUAAAUAAUAAUAAUAAUAUUAAUAAUAAUAAUGGCUGCAUGUAUCAAGCACUCACCGUGUGCCAGGCACCUGCUAAGUGCUUCGCAAACAUUGUGGGUUGAGUCUUCUUCAGCCGACCAAAACCACGUUCCCGGACCCCCCAGUUCAGAACAGCAUGUCCUGAGUGGUUUGGGCAAAGCAUUAAAAAUUAAGGCCGGUGCCCUGCCGGAGCGACACGGGGCCCGGCCUGCAGGUAGCUGAAGAGUGAGUGCUCAUUCAGGGUACAAGGAACCUGACCUUGUAGUUGUAGCUUCAGUGACAAAAACUGCUUUAGCUAAAGCCCCAGCGGUUCAGGCAGAACUGGUGUCCAGCCCAGGGGUCUGUCUGGGUCCUCUCAGCUCUUAUUUUGAAGGAGGAAAAGCAGCUCUGACUUUGGUGGGGAGGCCCAGCUUCGGCCCAGGCCUCCACCAGGGCCCUGUCCCCCACCCCUCCCCCCGGCCCAUGCCCUCCCUGCUGUGGGUAACCUCCACCAGGCCACAGGGCAAGGCAGGCCUCCCAGUGCUUGUCCCGUCAUGCUAAUAAUAGCAGAGCCUCCGCUGCUGCCCCUGCGCCUGAGCUCCCCCCGUGGCUGUCCGGGGGGGUGGGGGGCUUCUCGGUGCCCGGCUCUCGUGGCUUUGGGCCCCGCUCCCUCGGUGACUAGAAUAGGUCGGUGAUGUCUUUCCUUGUGUUGCUUUUCCACGUAACAGAAUUGAUGUAGGAAACCAAACCCAGGAGUGUGUGUGUGUGUGUGUGUGUGUGUGUGUGUGUGCGUGUGCGUGUGUGCGUGCUGGAGACGGGACACACACCCCGUGUCCCCUCGUGGUGUGUCAGUCUGUGCGACCAAUAAAGUGCCUUUCUCACCCA